AUGGACGACCGUACAGUGGAUUUAAUAUUUGCGGGUUCUCUGAAGUCCUUGCCGCCUGUAAGCUCUAAAAUCGUGAGGAUUUUCACCAGCUCCACAUUCACAGAUACAACGAUGGAAAGAAAUACGUUAAUGGCGAAAUGUUAUCCUAGAAUUAAGGAUUACUGCAGGGAGAAACACGGCCUGGAGUUUCAGGUGGUGGAUAUGCGUUGGGGCGUCCGUGAUGAAGCCACCGAUGACCACAUGACCACAGAGCUAUGCAUGAGAGAGAUAAAGAACUGCCAGCGCUUGUCUAUGGGACCUAACUUCGUUGUGUUUUUGGGGCAGAAGUAUGGAUAUAGACCAAUCCCGACAUAUGUCCUCUCAUCGGAGCUGCAAAUGCUGCGAGAUGAGCUUGCAGCUGGCGGUGUGGACGUAAUUCUCCUGGACACCUGGUACAAGAAGGACUCGAAUGCUGUGCCCCCCGUGUCCGUGUUACAGCCGAUAUCGUCAAUCCUUAUCAAUUUUAACAACAAGCGGGUUCCAAAAUUACAAGCAGAGGAUCAGGCUAUAUGGUGGGACACAUUGGGCAAGAUGCAGAAACUCUUUCGCAAGGCAUCUUUGCAACUCUACAAUUCUGGAAAGAUAGACAAGGACACGAUGCACAAUUACUUUAUGUCAGUUACCGAACGAGAAGUAAUAAACGGCGUUUUAAACGUGAAGAAUACGAAAAAUCAUUGUUUGGCGUACGUUCGUUAUAUCAAUAACAUUAAUUUACAAAAUCUGAAGAAGGCCAGCAAUUUCGUGGACAUCCUCAACAGAAGCUUAGAUGCUGAAGCUUCGAAGUUAUUAGCUGAUCUUCGAGAUGUAAGAUUACCAGAGAAAAUUGAAACGACAAAUAUACAAAAAUACACAGUGGAAUGGAUCGGACGCGAAGGUCUGGACAACGAAACGCACGGAGAAUACCUGAAUCACUUUAUUGCACAUUUCUACAAAAACAUAAUUAAACUUGUGGAUAGAGCAAUGCGAAAGGAGGACAGCAGUGCCCAGGGUCAGAUAGUCACGGAAAUUCUUCAACAUCUCCACGCUUGCAAUAAUUCUGUAAAGGUCUUCCAUGGGCGACAAGAUGAUCUGCAAUUCAUUGAGAAUUAUAUGAAAAAUUCCUCUGAUAAACCAUUAGUAUUAUAUGGAGAAGGUGGAUGCGGCAAAACAAGUCUCCUGGCAAAGAGUUCAGCCACGUCCCUGAACACGUGGUUCGCGGAAUGUCGGCCGACGAACAUCAUACGGUUUCUAGGAACCACUCCUGACUCUAGUGCGCUUACGCCCACACUUAUAUCUAUCUGUCAACAGAUCUCAUACAACUUCGCUCUUCCGUUCGAGAGCAUUCCUGAUGACCUCGUACCAUUGACAGCCCACUUCAAACAGCUCCUAACGAUGGCCACGCAGCAACAGCCUCUCCUGUUGUUCAUGGAUUCCGUCGAUCAGCUCACAGGAAUCGGGACUGAGAACAACAAGGUUUCGUGGUUGCCUACCAGGCUACCACCACAUUGUAAGAUCAUUGUUACGUGUGCUUGUGAAGAAGCUAAUCCAGAGGUAUCUAAAGAGUAUGACGUACUGCGUCGUAUGAUCGACUCCGAAGACAAUUUCUUGGAAGUGAAGGCUUUAGGAGAAGAUCUCGCCAUGCAAGUAUUGAAGUUAUGGAUGGCAGCUGCUGCACGAGAUCUUAGCAAUUACCAAUGGAGGCUGGUAUCCAACGCGAUAGGACAAUGUUCCUUACCUAUCUUCGUCAAGCUGGUUUUUGCAGAGGUUUGUCGAUGGAGAAGUUACACAAAGCCUCAAGACACACAUUUGGCAUCUACUGUUAUGGACUCUAUCAUGAUGCUCUUCGAAAGGAUCGAGAAACAGCAUGGCCGUCUAUUAGUCUUCCACGCUCUCGCCUAUAUAACAGCUGCACGGAGUGGUCUAUCUGAAACGGAACUAGAGGAUCUCAUUUCACUUGACGACAGAGUGCUAGACGAUGUAUACCAAUACCAUCUGCCACCUGUGAGACGUAUACCACCUUUGCUCUGGACGAGGAUCCGCAACGACCUUCCAAAUUAUUUAUCUGAACGAGAGGCAGAUGGUGUCUCUGUCAUGAACUGGUACCACAGACAAUUCCGCGAUACAGCUAGAGAAAGAUACUUCAAGAACAUGAACAUGGCUAUGUACUUUCACUCUAUGAUUGCUGACUAUUAUUUGGGUAUUUGGGGAGGAGGUACUCCAAAACCUUUCAAGUACACUGAGAUACAAAGACAUAGAUUCAAUCUGGCUGAUAAAGAAGGUGUUGCUGAUCGAAAAGUACCCCUGCAGCCACUAGUGUUUACAUCAGCUGAUGGUUCCAGCAAGAGAUACAAUUUACGAAAAUUCGGUGAGCUGCCGUUCCAUCUGGUUAGAUCCAAGCGUUUUACUGAUUUGUAUGCUGAAGUACUGUUUAACUACGAAUGGCUUCAUGCAAAACUCAAUUGCUGCCCACUUCAAGCCGUUCUUGCUGAUUUCGAAGACUCCAAACUUCACGUUAACAAGGAUGCUGUGAGAGAACUGAUGCUCGUUGCUGACGCGUUGCGUCUGGGAGGUGCUAUAUUAGGAACAUACCCCGAUAUGCUAGCUCCUCAAUUAGUUGGACGAUUGUUACCCGAAGCUGGGCAGAAUCCAGCCGUCUCUUCUCUGCUCAAACAGUGUCAUGAUAAGGGAAAAAAUCAUUGCGCAUUGCUACCGUCUCACCAUUGUCUUCAUACACCUGGAGGCCCAUUGAAAUAUUCCCUCGAAGGGCACCAAUUUGCAGUGUUCGCGUUCCGUUUAAGCUCCGAUAAACGUUACGUGGUGUCUAUAUCUAGUCGCGUCAUCUCAUGGGACUUGUCUACGUCGGACCUGGCCAGGGACCUUUGUCCACAGCUGGAAGGAAUCAUGCAGAACCUUGAAUUGUCCCCUGACAAUAAAUGGGCUGCCGCUUCUACUAAUAACUCAGUUUCCAUCUUGCUGAAUAUGCUGACAAGUGAAUACAUCACCAUUGAAAAUCCGUUAGAUGAAGGCGAAACAGUCCGCGGUGUUUUCGUCUUAAACCACCACAUGGUAAUCUACGGUCCGCAAUCGUGGGUUCAGUACAAUACUCGUGGGGAGCACGAAGACACCAUCCCAGCACCGACAACUGAACCAUAUGAUGAUUUCAAAUGGGAAAUUCUAUCUAUGGACUUCAGGGAUCUUGAAAACAUCGUCCUUAUAAUGUGGAGUGGAGACUUGGAUGAUGAUAGGCUUUUGGUUCAUUUCUGUAAAGCCGGUGCUUGGAUGAAGCCGCUAAGGUGUAGAGGUGCUGUCAGUUUGGACAAGUACUGGAGUAGAAUUUACAGUAGCGAUCCCGAGAGAGGAUAUCAGAUAACUGCAUAUGAAUUGGACGGAGAACAAUCCACUUGGCAAAAAGUGGAAGAGCUCCAGCACCAAGAGACGGAUACCGCGGAAGCUAUGUUGCAGUUGAAAAGAGGGAAGAAGGACAGAAUGCUACUUGCAACAACAACAUAUAGUUUUGUUGUCUGGGAUUUCAACAACUACAUACCACGUGGAAACCACGAAAUCACAAAUGAAAAAUCUAAAGAUGAAGACAAGGCUGAGAUUGAGGAAGAGGAAGAAAAAAUAGACGCACCAGAAAAGGAUCUCCGUUUGGAAGGAAUCGUGUUAAAACUACCACACACCAUACGAAAUAUAUCCACCAAAAUGACACAAUCCAAUUCGUUCAUGAUCAGUAAAAACUAUAAGUAUGCUGUGGCGGGGGUAAGAAAGAACCUAUACGUCUGGAGUCUAGAGACGACGAAAUUAAUUAAGGUGCUGGACGCACACUUCGGUAGAAUCGUGCAGUUGGAGCCCCUUACAGUAGGGACCUGGAACAACGUAAUCACAUCUUCCAUAGACAGAACAGUGAAGAUCUGGAAUAUAGAUAACAUUUUCGAGCAAGUGCAUAAAAUCGAUAGACAGGAGUUGCCAAUUGAUUCAGUUAGCUUGGCUCGCGACAAACAGCUUGCAGUCACUGUAACACGCAGUUGCUGGGGUCUAUGGGACACCAGCACUGGAAGACUCCUGGCACAGCUAGCUGAAGCACCUCUUGGGGCAAUCGUGACUCAUGCAAUUAUAACACCUAACGGAGAAACAGUCAUCACGGCGGAAUCUGGUAACGUGGUCAUUUGGGACAUUACCGAUCAACAAGUGGUUUUCAAAGAAGAACAGAAAGGCGUGAAGCAACUUCUACUUCUAGAAGAUGGGACUAAAUUGGUGACUAUUUCGAUGCGGAUACCACCAGAUAAUACUGACAAUGUGGCAACUGCGCUUAUUGUGGCUCGAACCAUUCCAGAUGGUGAAAAAAUCUAUGCAGUGGAUUACGAAGUUCGCGGAACAGGAUACAAGUCAGCCGUGGUAUCUAUAGAUGAGCACCAUAUCGUUGCUCCUGGGUUAGACAAGUCUUCACGAGAAUGUCUUCAUGUCUUCCAUGCAAGAACUGGUGCAAGAUUACAUAGAAUCCCAAUAAAGAACAGUGGAAUCAAGGAUAUGCAAUCCAUCGUGGCUUUACCUCACAAACCUCACUGGGUCGGUGUCGUAGGCAACGACAAAGCUGGCAUUCUAGAUAUUAAGACUAAGAGACAUGUCAGAUUCGUGCCCCGCUGGAACGGCGCUUGCACAAAAGACGGUAAGACCGGUCUCUGCGCUCCGUCAAGAGGAGGUCUAGAUCUGAUAGAGUUAAAACGAGGGACAUCAGUACAGCAGCUGAUAUCGCGAGCCGCUGAAGGCGUGUUCUCCAUCAUUACAAUGUUCAGCUCUACUGAUGAGUAUGUCUUCUACUACCACAGCGGCAGAAAGACAUUACGGGUUUUCAGGACGGUAGAUGGUCGCGCGAUAGCCGAAUAUCGUGCGCCAGCUGAAGUGACGGGAGUCGCAAGCGCACACGGCGGGCGCGCUGUCGCUAUUGCGUCCCAAGAUGGAUGCCUGACCAUACUAAAUAUUGUCGAUCCGCACAAGUAG